UGUUCCACUCCCCCCAUCCCCAAUCCCUCCCCUCCGACCCUCCGCCGCCCCGCUCCGCCGACCUCCUCUCCGCCUAGGGUUUCCGCCGAUCCCGAUCCCGAUCCCGAUCCCGAUCCGAGGGUUUCGUGUACCGAGGGUUCUUACAAAGCUGCAAUUUUUUGGAUGGUUUAGGGUCUCGAUUUCGUUCGAUUUGGGUCGAUCGGUUGCUGUUUCCGUGUGUCCAUGGUGCUGAUCGCGGAGAUCAGCGACGAGGCCCUAAGGAAAAGGGGCGAGGCGAAGGGAGGAUGCGGAGAAAUGGCUGGGGAAGUGGGAGUUGUAGGAGCAGAAGAAGAAGAAGAAGCGGAGAAGGACGGUGAGAGAACCCUAGAACCCCGGAACGUCGAGGAGCCACCCGCGGAGGCGGCGUUGAAGGAGUUCAAGGAGGCGGCGCCGCCGCCCUGCCCCGGAGAUGGCAAGGUUGUCCACAACGAGUACGCCCUCCGGGUGGCCUACAUCAUGCGGAGCUUCCUUCACAUGCGACAGGGAGGAGGAGGAGGAGGAGGAGGCGGCGCAGCCGCCGCCGCGUCUCCCGCCUCCGCCGCCAUCGGCGGCGGCUGCGGGGUGGGGGAGGAGCGGUGCCGGGCGAUGAUGGAGGUGGUGCGGAAGGAGAACGGGCGGUGGUCGGUGUCCCGUGUGGCGCUGGACCACUCGCACCCGCUGGCGCCCCCGCCGGACCCCGCCGGAACCCUAUCCUCCGGCCGGCUGGUCCCGGCGGUGGGCAUGGAGUUCGACUCCGUGUCCGCCGCCAAGGCUUAUUAUGCCGCCUACAGCGAAAAGAUGGGCUUCACGACGAACACUGGUUCGGGGAAGCGCUCCAAAGUGAGCCGGAUUUUGCUCAUGCAGCGGUUCAUGUGCUCGAAAGGCACCUUUCCCGUCCCCUCCGAUGGCGCUGCCAUGAAGAAGAAGCGCGGGCCGUAUAAGAAGAGAGAUCACAGAGAAGCAGAAGAAGCUAAGAAGAAGGACGCUGAGGUCGUGGAGGUGAUUGCUAUUGAGAACAAUUCUGAUAAGGAUGGGGCAGCAAAUGGGGUCAAAGGAGCCACCUUGGCAGAGAAAGUUGCUAAUUCCGGAAAGAUUUCGGCUGAAUUGGGCAAUAGGAAUAAGGGGGAGAAGGUGCCGUUGGUGUCGAACCCUGGCCAAUCCCGGUUGCUGAGGGAGCUCGGUAUUAAGGUUUCACGCUACAGCCAUGAGGAGAGAAGGGACAUAAUUAUGAAGUACAUGCAGAAGAGAAGCAGUAGGCAAGUGGUGGAUAGGUCCAUUAAGGUUCCGUCUCGGCAAGCUCUUGCGGAAAGAAGGCAGAGAGGCGUUGGAGGGAAAUUCUUACGUAAAGACGAGAUGCAGGCUUCAAAUAAGCAGGAAGAAACGACAGAAGAGGAGCCCAUGUUACCUGAUGAAGUCAUUGCGAGCUCUGGAGGAGUCCCAAUUGUUGGUAUGGUGUUUGAAAAUGAGGAUAAGGCAUAUGAAUAUUAUGUUAGAUAUGCUGUUGGUGUUGGUUUCAGUGUUCGUAAAGGAUGGUGGGACAAAACCGCAAAAAACAUCACUAGAUCAAGAGUCUAUGUAUGUUCGAAAGAAGGUUUUCGCCCAAAAAAUGAGGCUAAGAGACCACGACCUGAAACCCGUACAGGUUGUGCUGCAAGAAUGGCCAUUAAAAUCACAUCGAGCGGUAAAUAUCGCGUAAGCGAAUAUGUCCCAGAUCAUAACCACCCACUUGCAGCCCCAUUUGAUAUUCAAAUGCUGAAGUCACAGAAGCCAUUGUCUAAGGUCUCAACUGGAAGCGGUCAAAAUUCUAGUCUGAUUCCUAAUACAUAUAAGAACUACCUUAGGGGAAAAAGGUGUAAGGACAUAAAGGUUGGAGAUUUGAGAACCCUAUUAGAAUACUUUCAGAAGAUGAAAUUUGAUAAUCCUUCUUCGUAUUAUGCUAUUCAAGUUGAUGAAUGUGACCAAAUGACGAAUUUUUUCUGGGCUGACACGAAAUCCAUGAUGGACUAUCACUAUUUCGGUGAUGUGCUAUGUUUUGACACAACAUUCAAAAUUAAUGAUUAUGGUAGGCCAUUUUCUUUGUUCUUAGGUGUGAAUCAUCAUAAGCAAACUAUUAUAUUUGGUGCUGCUCUUUUAUAUGAUGAUACUGUAGAAUCGCUUAAAUGGUUGUUUGAGACUUUUAAAGUUGCAAUGGGUGGGAAGCAACCAAAAACAAUCUUGACUGAUCGGUAUGCAGAUAUUGGUGAGGCAAUAGCUGCUAAGUGGCCAGGCACUGUACACCGUUACUGUAUGUGGCAAAUAUAUCAGAGUGCUGUUAAACAUUUAGCUAAUGUUUUUGAAGGCUCAGAAUCUUUUGAACGGGAUUUAAGCCAAUGUAUCUAUGAUUUUGACGAAGAAGAAGAGUUCCUUGCAGCUUGGAGUUCUAUGUUAGAGAAAUAUAACCUUAAAGAUAAUGAGUGGUUAGCCAAAUUAUUCGAGGAAAAGGGGAACUGGGCAUUAGCUUAUGGCCGUCAAACAUUUUCUGCAGAUAUAAAAAGCACAUUGCGAGCUGAAAACUUGAGCGUUGUGCUAAAAGAGUGGUUGGCUUCAGACAAAGAUCUUUCGCAUGCUUUAAAAAUGUAUGAUAUAUUAGUCGACGAGAGGCGACAAAUGGAACUACAAGCUGAUUAUCAAGCAAGUAAUGGUACCGCAAGAGUACCUCCCCUGCGGCUGCUGUGGCAAGCUGCAAAUGUCUACACACCCGCAGUUUUUGAAAUGCUAAGAAGGGAGUUUGAGCUAUUCAUGGAUUGCAUUGUUUACUGCUGUGGAGAAGUUGGGCCUUUAUCUGACUAUGUGGUCACUGUUAAGAAUAAAACUAAAGAGCAGUUUGUUAGGUUUGAUCCGUCAGAAGGCACAGUUAUUUGUAGCUGUAGAAAAUAUGAAGUUGUUGGGAUUCAGUGUUGCCAUGUGCUGAAAGUACUUGAUUUAAGAAGUGUUAAAGAACUUCCUCUGCAGUAUAUUUUGAGGAGGUGGAGAAAAGAUGUAAAGAAUGGAAGCAUAAGAGAAAAUCGCGGGGUUACAGCUGAAGGUGAAAGUCCAAUUGCAUCUUUACCAAAACGGUAUAGCUCUCUAUGCCGCAUUUUCUACAAGAUCGCAGCAAAGGCUGCGGAAAAUGUGGAUACAUUUACAUUAAUGGUCAACCAUUCAGAUCAGCUUCUAGAGCAGGUGGAGCAAAUUUUGCAAACAAGGAUCCUUCCGAAACCGAGUCUCUCAAACGCCCCAAAGGAGCAAUCACAUAAUUUGAUUGAGUGUGAAAGGAUACAAAACGAUGAUAGUAAUGAGAACCAGAAGGUUAGUGGGAAGAGGAAGAAUAUUGUAGGCGCAAGCCGUAAAUCACAAAAUGAGGUUGAGACAAGUUGUAAGGGACACAAAAUAAGAAGAGGUCAAUCUGAGGAGGUAGAGGUUGUACCAAGGGAUGAUGAACUGCAUAUAGCACCAAUCGGCAUUCCCCCUCAACCAAGGAAUCCUCCUAACAAUCAGUUCCUUGCACAAAGUCAUUUCAUGCCGGGCCCCUAUUUAACUGCUCAUCAGUUUGGUCUUGGUGCUACACAAAGCUUUCAUCCACUGACACAGUUUAACCAGGAUUCUUCGUCUUCUACCUUACAACAACAGCCAUUCCAUGGAAAUGCCAAUAUAACCCAGACUUUUGCUGCUCCUGAUAUGCACGCCCUACAGUUUGUCGGGACGAAUCCCCCUCUGGAUCACCAGAGCGGUGAUCAAGGGCAUUGUUCAAUACCAGUAUGGGAUUUCCUAUGAUGUAUGUUCUGUGAUCUGGUGAUGACAAUGGUUAUUUUCGAUGCACAAUUUCGGGAUUCUGUGUAUAAGUCCCUCCAUAACACAUGUACUGUCAAAAGUUACAAUUUUCUUCGAUACCCUUGACAAUAGCCAUAUUUGCAGGUAUACCCCUCAAGAUGUUCAAGUUGCACUUGUAACCUAAAAAACAAGCCAUGUAAAUUGAUGGCCUAUUUUUGAAAACCCAUCUUUGAGGGAAAAAGCUCUUUUUGGUGGAGCGACCUCACGAAAAUAUUUGGCAAUUUCUAUGGAUGUAGGUGUACAAUGGAACUUGUGAGGGUGUACAUAUAUUUCUUUCAGUAUAGGCGCAAAUUGUAACUUUUGAGAAGUAGACAUGCAAAUGCAUGUAUUUCGAGUUGUAUAUAUGAAAAAAGAAAAAAAAAAAAAAAAAAGAACCCUUGGUUUACCUCAUGAUCAUUGUUCCCUAGUUCUCAUGCCGAGUGCUCGAUAUUCAAAUGCCCUCUGGUCUCUCGCAACUCAGUGAAGAGAAAAGUGACAGCAAUUCGUCGCGCUGCAUCUACCAUUUGAUAUUCCUGCUGCUGAAGUUUUGUACAGUAAACAACUUUGGUUUUGUUAGGAAGAAACCAGGAGGAGCACAAGGUAUUAGUUUCUGAAUAAUCAAUGUAAUCUUUUCUUUUCUUUUCUUUUUUUCUUCGCUCUUCUUCCUACAUGUUUUCUUUACUGGGAAGUAUUAUCCUUCUGUAUGUAACUACUGUUUUAGAUCAAAAUUUGUAUAUUAUUCUAUUAA